AUGGCCUGCGACAUGCAAUCCCCAGACGUAGAUCCAGCUGAAACUAUGCGUCUGGCCAUGGAACGAUUUCGCACCAAAAUGGAGUCUUCUAAUCGGCGAUUCCUGCAAGACCGCAUCGAUGAGAUCGAAGCCCUGGGUAUCUCUACCGAAGAAGAGAAAUUGAGCAAAAUGAGCUUGUACUGGCCUGAUUUAGGCGCCAAAGGCAAGGAAAGGUGGGGUGAUUUCGCUCCUCUAGGUCCUGUUCGACAAUCUCGCGAGGCCAGAAAUGCUACACGGCUGGAAGAUGUCAAUUCCAUAUACUGUGAGAAUAUGGAUGGAAUCAUUCCACCAACGUUGGUAAAUGAUGAAUGGCGCCAAAUGUUCCUGGAGGUUGUGGAGAGAGUAUGCAACGAGGCAGCGGCGCAGGAUGAAGUGGACGAGAACUUUCGCAUCCCGAUAUGCCACGAACUUGGCCACUUCAUCAAAUAUGCCAAUGGCGUUAAAGAUCCUGAUUUUCGCGGCUCAGAUCGCCCAGCGGUGGUUGCACAGGCUGCUCCCGACAUCUCGGCAUCCCUGAAAAUAUUAGAACAUUACCUACAGGACUAUAUCCUUGACGAAGACUUUAUUCAAGGCAUUGUGGAUAAUGACUUGGAGGUCAAGGUUGGAUUUGAAACUGGCCUCGGCAGUCGCCGAGAACACAAAGAAUGGUAUAGUGCCUAUCUUUAUUGUCGGUCAGACGACGACUCUGCCACAACUCUCUGCCAGUACGCUCCCUUCUACACUCUCUCCCAACCCUCUUCGUAUUCGUUUCCGCCUUAUCAUAAGAAAAUUGUCCACCUUAUCCGAGAUGACUGA